AUGGUCAUCAGUGCCGUUUCUGGGGUAACAGUUCGCGUGAAGAACAAGUGUUCGUGGCCUCUGAGAGUUCACAUUGGCAAUGGUGACGGCGGCCGUUGGAUCGAUGCUGGACAGGACAGUUGGGGAGGCAACGGUCGAUCCGAUCGUACUUGGGCCGAACAGCCUGGCGUUGCGGGAGAUGAUACACUGGCUGAGAUUAACGACGACAACGGCCACAUUUGGUACGAUAUUUCUCUCGUGGAUGGUUUCACCUAUCCGAUGGCUCUCGUUCCAGUCGGAGGCGGCGGAGGCAACCGCCGAAACCUGUACUGUGUCAGCUGGAAUGUCCUCAAUGAGUGCCCUGAUAAUUUGAAAGUUUGGGUGAAUGGGCAGGUCAGGGCAUGCAAAAAUCAUUCGGUCAAUCCAGCCUACUUCAAGUCUAGAUGUCCGGACGCCUAUUCAUGGUGGGGAGAUGAUCCGUCUUCCAUGGCUGACACCUGGAGUCCCGACCACAUGGAGGUCACCUUUUGUCCGUGA